AUGUUUAAUCUUUCAUUACGUACUGGCAUAUUUGUUACUGAUUGGAAAUUGGCACGUGUACAGCCAAUGUAUAAAUCUGAUGACAGAAGUAAAUGUGAGAACUAUCGUCCAAUUUCUAUUCUUCCUCUUGUUAGUAAAAAUUUCGAGAAGGAAAUUUUUAAUCAACUUUAUGACUAUUUAUCUGAAAAUUCACUUCUUUCAAAAUUUCUAUCUGGAUUUAGACCCAAACACUCAACUUUAUCUUUACUUAUCCAAAUGUGUGACAAAUGGUUAGAAAGCAUGGAUGAUGGCAAAAUAACUGGCCUUAUUUCAAUGGACAUUAAAAAAGCAUUUGACUCUAUUGAUCAUGAAAUUUUAAUGUCUAAAAUGAAAAAUCAGUUUGGUAUUUAUGAUAAUGAGUUAAAUUGGUUUG